AUGGACUUAUACAUAAUGAAUUGUGAACUUCUAGCCACAUGCAGUGCCCUUGGGUACUUGGAGGGAGACAUUUACCACAAAGAACCAGAUUGCUUAGAGAGUGUGAAGGAUUUGAUCCGGUACUUGAGGCAUGAGGAUGAGACACGAGAUGUGCGGCAGCAGCUGGGGGCAGCCCAGAUCCUGCAGAGUGACCUCCUACCCAUUCUUACUCAGCACCGCCAGGACAAACCUCUCUUUGAUGCUGUUAUCAGACUGAUGGUGAACCUGACACAACCAGCCUUGCUCUGUUUUGGUAGUUUGCCUAAGGAGCCCACCUUCCGGCACCAUUUUCUGCAGGUGGUAAUUUAUCUGCAGGCCUACAAAGAGGCCUUUGCCAGCGAGAAGGCUUUUGGAGUCCUCAGUGAAACCUUGUAUGGGCUGCUGCAGUUGGGCUGGGAGGAACGGCAGGAGGAAGACAACUUGCUGAUUGAGCGAAUCCUGCUGCUGGUCAGAAAUAUUCUUCAUGUCCCAGCUGACCUUGAUCAGGAGAAGAGGAUCGAUGAUGACGCCAGUGUCCAUGACCAGCUUCUCUGGGCAAUUCACCUCAGCGGCUUCGACGACCUGGUCCUCUUCCUUGCCAGCUCACCUGCUGAGCAGCAGUGGAGUCUACAUGUGCUAGAGAUUGUCUCCCUUAUGUUUCGUGACCAGAACCCUGAACAGCUGGCAGGAGUAGGGCAGGGACGCUUAGAUCAGGAACGGAGCACAGAUGUGGCAGAACUGGAGGUGCUGCGUCAGCGAGAGAUGGCAGAAAAGAAGACUCGAGCUCUCCAGCGAGGCAACAGGCAUUCUCGAUUUGGGGGCUCCUACAUUGUCCAGGGGUUGAAAUCCAUUGGGGAGAGAGACCUCAUCUUUCACAAAGGUCUUCACAAUCUUCAAAACUACAGUUCAGAUUUGGGAAAGCAGCCCCGAAGAGUGCCUAAGCGUCGCCAGGCUGUCCGGGAGCUGUCCAUUCAGCGCCGCUCUGCCCUCAACGUGAGGCUCUUCCUCAGAGAAUUCUGCUCUGAGUUCCUGGAGAACUGUUAUAACCAGCUCAUGGGUUCAGUAAAGGAUCACCUGCUUCGGGAGAAAGCUCAGCAGCAUGAUGAGACCUACUACAUGUGGGCUUUGGCUUUCUUCAUGGCCUUCAACCGAGCCGCCUCCUUCCGGCCAGGCCUGGUUUCUGAGACUCUCAGUGUCCGUACCUUCCACUUCAUUGAGCAGAACCUCACUAACUACUAUGAGAUGAUGCUGACUGACCGCAAGGAAGCUGCCUCCUGGGCACACCGAACACACCUGGCUCUAAAGGCCUAUCAGGAGCUACUGGCCACAGUAAAUGAGAUGGACAUGUCUCCAGAUGAGGCCGUGAGGGAGAGCAGCCGCAUCAUCAAGAACAAUAUUUUCUAUGUGAUGGAGUACCGAGAACUAUUCCUGGCACUCUUUCGAAAGUUUGAUGAGCGAUGCCAGCCCCGCUCUUUCCUUCGGGACCUGGUGGAAACCACCCACCUAUUCCUCAAGAUGUUGGAGCGAUUCUGUCGGAGCCGUGGGAACCUGGUGGUGCAGAACAAACGAAAGAAGAGAAAGAAGAAGAAGAACGUCCUAGAUCAGGCCAUUACUUCUGGUAAUGUCCCAUGUAGACCAGAGGAACUAGAGGCUGUGUGGUCAGCCAUGUCUGAGCAGCUGCAGUGCUGUGUCCAGGAUCCUGAGCUUAGUGUAGACUCUAUGGUUCCCUUUGAUGCGGCCUCAGAGGUGCCAGUGGAAGAGCAGCGGGCAGAAUCCAUGGUGCGGAUCCAAGACUGUCUCCUGACUGGCCAGGCCCCACAGGCCCUGACCCUCCUGCGGUCUGCCCGGGAGGUAUGGCCAGAAGGAGAUGUGUUUGGCUCUCAAGACAUUUCCUCAGAGGAAGAGAUCCAAUUGCUUAAACAAAUCCUCUCUGCUCCACUUCCUCGGCAGCAAGGGCCAGAGGAACGAGGGGCAGAGGAAGAAGAGGAAGAAGAAGAAGAGGAGGAGGAGUUGCAAGCGGUCCAGGUGUCAGAGAAAGAAUUUAACUUUCUGGACUACCUGAAACGCUUUGCAUCCUCAACUGUGAUCCGAGCCUACGUGCUGCUGUUGCGGAGCUACCAGCAGAAUAGUGCCCACACUAACCACUGUGUUGUCAAAAUGCUGCACCGACUGGCCCAUGACCUCAAAAUGGAAGCCCUACUUUUCCAGCUCUCAGUCUUCUGCCUCUUCAAUCGUCUGCUUAGUGACCCUGCUGCUGGAGUCUACAAAGAGCUAGUGACUUUUGCCAAAUACAUCCUGGGCAAGUUCUUUGCAUUGGCUGCAGUCAACCAGAAAGCCAUUGUAGAGCUGCUGUUCUGGAAGAACACAGCUGUGGUUCGAGAAAUGACCGAGGGCUAUGGCACCCUGGAUGGCAGAUCCUCCAGUCACAGAGCCCCUAUGUGGAGUCCAGAGGAAGAGGCCCAGCUUCGGGAAUUGUACUUAACCCAUAAGGAUGUGGAAGGUCAGGAUGUGGUGGAAGCUAUCUUGGCACACCUGAAUACUGCUCCUCGAACACGUAAGCAGAUCAUCCACCAUCUGGUACGGCUGGGACUGGCUGACAGUGUCAAGGACUUCCAAAGGAAAGGAACCCAUAUUGUAUUGUGGACAGAAGAUCAGGAGCUGGAGCUGCAGCGGCUUUUUGAGGAGUUUCAGAACUCAGAUGAUGUCCUGGGUCAUAUCAUGAAGAAUAUCACAGCCAAACGCUCACGGGCCCGAAUAGUGGAUAAACUGCUGGCUCUGGGGCUGGUGGCUGAGCGGCGGGAGCUGUACAAGAAACGACGGAAGAAGUUGGCACCCUCCAGCCUGCCCAUUGGAGAGGAGUCCCUGAAAGAUUUUUGCCAGGAAGAUCUGGAAGAAGAGGAAGACCUUUCAGAGGGAGAGAGUGAAGAGGAUGAAGAGAAAGAGGAGGGCUUGGACACAGAGCAAGCCCAGGGUAGCUCAGCCCUUUCAACCGAAAACCUUGGUCAAAGCCUGCAUCAGGAAGGCUUUUCUGCCCCCCUCCUGUGGCUCCAGAACUGCCUGAUUCGAGUAGCAGAUGAUCGGGAAGAGGAUGGCUGCUCCCAGGCAGUUCCACUGGUGCCACUGACAGAAGAAAAUGAGGAAGCAAUGGAAAACGAACAGUUUCAGCAGCUAUUGCGCAAGCUAGGGAUUCGGCCCCCUGCCGCUGGGCAGGAAACCUUCUGGCGAAUUCCAGCCAAGCUGAGUCCUACCCAGCUCCGGAGGGUAGCAGCUUCUUUGAGUCAGCCAGAAGAGGAGGAAAAGCUCCAGCCAGAACUAGAACCUAAAGUCCCUGGAAAACAAGGCCCUGAUGAGCACCGAGCAGAAGCCCUGAGGGCCCUCUUAUUAGCCCAUAAAAAGAAAGCAAGCCUGGUGUCUCCAGAGGAGGAAGGGAUUACUGCUAAGAAAGAGCAGCGAAAGGCGCCACCCAAGAAGCGACAACUGCUAGAUAGUGAUGAAGAGGCAGAAGAUGAGGGCGGGAGCAAAGCACCAGAGUUGGGAGCUCCAGGAAUCCAAAAGAAGAAACGGUUUCAGAUUGAGGAUGAAGAUGAGGACUACUAAAGAACCAGAAGCCUAGGGAUAGAGAUAGACUUGUUAGAUGGUGAAUGUAUGUCAAAGUUGGGAGGGUCCAGAGAUUCUUCUUACUGGACAGAAGCAGUAGAGUCCUGGGCUUUUCCAUGGAUUUAGUGUCCAGGAAUUUUAGGCAACAGUGUUAGACCCCUCUGCAAUCAGUCCUUGCUUCUCUCAGUUUUAUCAUUGUGCCCCAGCGGCUCUCUGGAGACUUACUCCUCUUUUAGGAAACAUUUCUUUUGGUUAUUAGAGCCCCUUAGCAAAUGAGAGGAGUGAGUGAAAUGUAGAAAGCAUCCUGGACUCCUCUCAUUGCUCUGUUCUUUUUGGUUUUCUGCUGGAGAUGGGUCACAGCACCAGAUGGAGAACUUUAUGACAAUGGAUGGGGGUUUUGCAGUAUUUUUAG